AUGGCGCGGCUGUAUUCCCUUCUCGCGCUCGACUUGGAUGGCACUCUUCUCAAUGCCUCCAGUAGAGUGACUGCGCGGACGGCCGCCGCCAUCCAACGAGUGGCCGCGACCGGCGCCGUCGUGUCACUUUGCUCGGGUCGGUCCAUUGCGUGCAUGGCGGACUCGGAGCGUCAACUCGGUCUUGCCCACCCCUGCACGAUCCUGUCGUGCAACGGAGCGGCGGCCUUCGACUCCCAUCGCCGUCCACUCUACGUUGACACCAUGUCGGUCGAUAGCGUACGCUCCGUCCUUCGCGCCGCCGAGGACAUGCAUCGGUGCGUAAACCUGUACGACGAAGUCCGCGGGAUCAUCCACGUACGGCCAUCGCACCCCGCACACCACGAUCUCAUCCAUCGAUACAGCACCCGCACUGGCGCGCAGUUCAACAUCGUCCCCGCCUACGACCUCGACGCCGUCGCGCCUUGCCAAGUCGCGGUACUGGGCGACGACCCGGCCGCCAUCCAUGCAGCGCUAGUCGAUCAGGUGUCGGCGGACCUGCAGGUCAACUCGUACAGCUAUUUCGUCGAGUGUGUGCCCCGACACAUCAACAAAGGCGUGGGACUCCACCGACUCGCGCAGCACCUGCAGAUCCCCAUCGCCGAGACCGUCGCGUUCGGAGACGGAGCCAACGACUUGGAGUUCGUGGAAGCGGCGGGAAUGGGCAUCGCCAUGCAGAACGCCAUUCCGUCCGUCAAGAGAGCGGCGAACAAGGUCACGGAACACUCACAUGACGACGACGGCGUCGCGGUCGAGCUCGAAGGGAUGCUCGCGAGGGGUUUGUUUGGGCCGCGGUUGGAACAAGUAUCCUCGUAUCUUGGAUGA